AUGAGCAUGUCUUCAUACAAAGUUAGCAAGAAUGUACAAGUAACACCAGAACAACCUUCCAUGCCUGUUGCAGAUAUCUUAAAAACCGCCGGCGAAGAUGUACCGGAAAUGUUUACUAGGGUAUCCACCAACGGAAGCCUGGAAGCCGAUCCCUCGGCUCUUCCUUGGAUGGACUGCCCUGUCAUUGACAUGUCUCUCCUGUUGUCGUCCGAGGUUGAGGCUGCGGAGGAGCUCAGAAAACUUCAUUCUGCUCUUGUUUCCUGGGGCUGCUUUCAGCUCAUAAAUCAUGGAAUAAUGGAAUCAUUUCUGGAUAAAAUACGUGAAAAUAGCAAAGAAUUCUUUGUACUUCCUGCAGAGGAGAGGAUGAAGUAUUUAAGGGCACCCAAUGACCCUGAAGGCUAUGGAAACGACACCGUUUUGUCGCGAAAUGUACCUCAUAAUUGGAAUGAUCGUUUAUAUCUCAAUGUCUAUCCUGAAGAUCUACGAAGACUAGCCUUUUGGCCUCAACAUCCUUCUGAUUUUAGGUUAGAAACCCUUUUUUCCCCAUUCAUCAAUUAA